UUGCCCUACAACUUUGCUAACAUUCGACACACAGCCAGCACUCAAUAUUUUGUUGUUGGGCAACUGCCAUUAACUGUAAAUGAAUAUAUCUUGUAAUAUACAGCAAUUUUACAAUGCCAGACAACUGUCACACAAACUUGCGUUGCCUUCCUGUGUGCCUGUGCUAAGUGGUGCUUCAUAUAACCUCAUAAAGGUGUAAUGUGGCAACUCUUUGCAUAUGGCAUAUGAAAUUGCAAAGAAAAAGAAAAUGAAAUUGUUUACGUCUAGUAAUGGACAGACAGACAGACAUACAUAUGCCGUUCAUACGUAACUUAGCUAGAGACGAAGCUGGACACGUAAUACCCAAGGAAAGGAAAUUGUUUGCUCGAAAACAAUAGUCCAAGAAAUAAAAAUGAGGACAAAACUGCUUCAAUAUCCCAUACGAAAAUUUAUGUCACGUUUCACAAAACAGAAACCAAAUUUUGGUAAUUGUAACACUGUGGAGCUGGGCAAUGUGUCCGCCGAGAGAGAGGUGCCGGAACACAUAUUGAAGCCAGAAUACUAUUACAAACCCAUGCCUCCAGGAUUUACUUUGGGUGAACCAGAAAUAAAAACUUGUGAGCAGAUUGAACAUAUGCGGAAUAGUUGCAAACUAGCAGCCAGCAUUCUAAAGUCCUGUUCUGAUGUGAUCAAGGUGGGUGUUACCACAGAUAAAAUUGAUGAAUUUGUGCACAAUAGCAUAAUAUCAGCCAAUGCCUACCCAUCGCCACUUCGUUAUGCUGGAUUUCCCAAAUCAAUCUGUACCUCUGUUAACAAUGUCGCUUGUCAUGGCAUCCCGGACGAUCGUCCCUUGCAGGAGGGCGAUAUAAUAAAUGUGGACAUUACAGUAUACCUUAAUGGGUACCAUGGAGAUUGUUCCAAAACCUUUAUGGUGGGAGAAGUUGAUGAGCGUGGACGAUAUUUAGUACAAAAAACAGAGGAAUGCCUCCAUGAAUGUGUAGCUUUGUGUCGUCCAGAUAAAGAAUUUAAAAUCAUAGGAAAUUUCAUAGCAAAAUUUUGCCAGCAAAACGGCCUAAACACAAUACCGGCAUUUAUUGGCCAUGGCAUUGGGAGUUAUUUUCAUGGUCCUCCCGAAAUACUGCAUUUCAAAAAUAAUGUUCCCGGUGCCAUGAAGGCAGGUAUGACAUUUACCAUUGAGCCUAUACUAACGUUGGGUGGACCUGAUAUCGAAAUACAAGAUGAUGGUUGGACAGCAAUAAGCGUCGAUGGGGCAAGAAGCGCUCAGUUUGAACAUACCAUUUUGAUAACAGACGCCGGUUCAGAUAUAUUGACUUCAGAUUAAAAUCAACUAAAGAGAAUUAAAAAAAUUAUACGAAAUGACAAAAAAGUUUUUAUCGAAAAAUCUACUUGUAUAGUUUAUGGAAUAAACAUUUGAACUACUUUACCCUUGUGCUUGGAACUAUCAACCUUA